AUGGCCUCUCCACCCCCCUCCCCCCUCACAACCAACAGCGCCGCCUCCGCGCCCCCGGACACCUCCAACAAACCCGCCGCACCCCCGGUGAACAUCCUCCCGACCCAACUCGCAACCACCUACUCCUACAUCCACCCAGCAGCGCUUCUCUCCGCCUUCGCCGCGCGAUUCCCCGCGCUGGUCAACGACCCGGUCUCCGAAAUGGCCCAGCAAUUGCCCUUCCUGGCUCUCGCGCACGUCGCCUACGUGAUGAUCUGUCUUCCCGCCGCUGGCACCGACUCUGCCACCACCACCGCAGCAGCUACACCAACAUCCCCAUCCACCCCUACUGCUGCUGCUGCUACCUCCAGCGCAUCGUCCACAACCACUACUACCACUGGAUCAACAACGAACGGAAACGUGAUCCUCCGUCCCGGCCGCGUCGGCCGCCGCCGUACAAAGGACUCGUCCUCGUCCUCCUCGUCCACUGCAUCGGCUAUUCGUGGACGGGUUGUUGCUUCACUCCUCUCCUUAACACUGACAACCCUCCUCGCCACCCCCGUCCUCAGCAUCCUCCUCAUUCUCUUCGGCGCGCCGUUCACGACUCACCAUGCCCAGACGGUGCUCUGCGCCGCACACAUGGCUAUCCUCUCGUCUUUGGCAUUGGUGUAUGUUCAUGGCGUCGAUGGGAAUGUUUGGAAGGAGGUGUGGGGGGCCAAAAGGCCUGGGGAUGUGGUUUGGGGUGGGGCGUUGGGGACGUGUGUGGGUGCGUGGCUUGGGGCGGUGCCGGUGCCGCUGGAUUGGGAUCGGCCGUGGCAGGCGUAUCCGAUUACGUUGUUGACCGGGGCGUAUGUGGGUUUUGUGCUGGGUUCGGUGCUGGGGCGGUCGGUGUUGUUUGGGAAGAGGGUGCGGUUUGAGGAGGGGGAGGAUGUUAAGAAGGUUGAUUAGGGAGAUCACCUAUUUUAUUGCAUGGUUUGGGUUGUGGGGGUAGAUAUCCAGGUGUUGUUGUUGCUUCGUGUAUAGCUGUUUUAGUAUAUCUUAAUUGAUAUUUGUUAAUGUUCUUUUU